AUGCACCUCGCUGCAAUCAACAUUGCUGAUGAACUUAUUCCCAUCUGGUGUGGCUCAUUUCAGUGUGAACCUACCAAUGACAAGGAGACGUGGGACUGGGCCAUUCUCAAGGGUCGGGUAUGGCAGGACCAUGGAAAAGCUGUAGCAGAUGCAACUCCUUACCUUCCCAGAUCAUUCGAUCGUCCCCCUCGCAACCCUGCACAGAAAAUCAACAGUGGAUACAAGGCUUGGGAGUUCUUACUCUAUCUCUUUGGCCUUGGACCUGCAAUCCUCUAUGGUGUUCUCCCCAAUAUCUACUGGACGAACUUUUGCAAGCUUGUUCAUGGAAUUCAAAUCAUGCAGCAACACAAAAUUCUUGCAGCUGACUUGUGUGAAGCUCAUGAGAUGCUCAUGCAGUUUGAGAAGGAGUUCAAACUCCUAUACUAUCAGUGUUGUGUUGACUGCCUCCAUUUCAUGCAACCAUGGGCACAUUCACUUGGACAUCUCACACCUGAGACCAUCACAAAGGGUCCUCCGAUCUGCUCCUUGCAGUGGACUAUGGAGUGGACAAUUGGUAACCUUGGUUGUGAAAUUCAUUCACAUUCUCAGCCAUAUGCUAACUUGUCUGAACGUGGUGUUCAACGUUGUCAAGUCAAUGCACUGAAAGUCAUGAUUCCAACUCUCAACCCACCAACAGACACACUCCCACACUGUUCAGUUGACCUGGGUUGUGGAUAUACCCCUCAUUGUUUGCUUGCUUGUGAAGCAACAGCCCUUAUUUCCUAUCUCACUGCUCAUGGGGUUGAUAUUACUGCUGAUCAAUGCCCCUGCAUCAUUCAAUGGGCACGUCUACAAAUUCCAAAUGGACAAGUUGCACAAUCGAGUUGGAAGGAAAAUGCUAUGACACGCAUGCCACGCAUGGCCCAAAGUGUAAAGCUUCAUAUCAAUGACCAGAUACAAUUUGGCAAGGUUCAGUUUUAUUUUCAGAUGACUUUCAAUGAAACCAUCAAGACUCUCACUCUCAUAUCCCUUUAUUCCAUGCCUGACUAUGAACUUCUACAGGAGUCUUACAAUACUUUAUACUCAUGCACACAUCAAGGCAAUGAAGCACUCAUGGUUGUCAAGGUUUUUGCGAUUCAAGCUGUCAUCACAAUGGUCCCCCAUAAACUCCCCAAUAACCCAGAACUUUGUUUCUUCCUUGUCGAAAAACCUGGUCUUGAUGUUGCUCAAUUUGCAGGUCAUAUUGAUGAAGACAAGGAUGGAGGUGAUGAUGAGGUAUAA